CAGGGUUUCUUACAAGUUCUGGAGCAUGUGUUCGAAAAUAAAGUUUCUAAAUGUAAAAUAUGUGUAAUGUAGCUACUGAAAUAACAUACAAAUACGUAAGAAUAAACUGGCAUACGUGUUAACAAUAGAAAACAAACGCAGAAGGGUCAUCUUACUUUUAGAAUGAUGUGUACUGCGUGAUGUGCGCGCAGCUUCUAGACAGGAGUAGAUGGGCGUGGAUAGAUACGUAUUUAGCCGUCAUGUUUAAUCGUGAAAGAAAAGUAUAACUUUCCAUGUUUUGUGGCAGUAAGCUGUGAAAGAAGUAUGUUGAUGAAACUUGAUGUGAAAAGGUGAGGUUUAACCUCAGAAAAAAUGAGUAAUACUCCACCAUCAUCACGACCUAAAAUAGAAGUGGUUCGUCUUCCAUCAUAUGAGCAAGCCAAACUUCGGCCACUGUUAGAAGGUGGAAUUCAACUUCAGGCUCAAUUCAAGCAUGUUCGUUAUGGGGAUUAUGUCAGUUACAGCAGUUUGGAAGAUGGAAACAAGCAAUAUUUCAGAUUUCAUGACCGUGAGUGUAAGACUCCAUUGACUACCAAGUCACUGGACAACAUAUUUGCAAGGCAGCUGACUUUCGGUGCAGAAGAACAACAAAGUCCCUUUCUUUGGCGGGAUGCAACCCGCAGUGAGGAACAGCUGUAUCAUGCUCCACAUGGAUUUCCUGGAGCAGCAUACCCAAAAAAUAAAGCUUCUCGCUUCUCUGGUGCACGCUCGGUGGUCCCCAACGCGUUGCCCGUUGGCACCAUGGCGCCCGUCAAGGAAUUUUUUGGGUGCCCGUGUUGUUACGGAAAGAGGUUAUACUGAAUAAUGAAGGCCGUUCAACAAUGAACAUUAUAAAAUCAAAGCACAGAUCUUGACUUACUAACGCCCAGCUUGACGAUUACUUGCGAGCAACAACAUCAUCCUACACUCCUAGAUUUGAAAAACUGGCCGAUGAAAUGCAGCGCCAAACAUCACACUA